AGUCUUCGUUAAGACUCCAGACCGAUCAGUGAUACCGUUUUUGCUUACGAUUAAUUUAUUCGCGUACACGUUUUCCGCGUUAGACUUUCCUGCAUCGAUGUGUAUCGGUGAAAUUAUCGUGAUUCAGUGAUCAAGAAGUCUUCAAACAUUCAAGGAUUUGACGAUAAAGAUCGUCGCAACGCGACAAAAAUUCUUGUGCACCUUCAGAAGAACUUGUUGUUUGAUUCGUUUGUUCAGAGUGCGACUGGUUUAAAUUACGAAACGAAAAUGGUCAAUAAAAAGAUGAUCCCUUUGCCUUAUCCUUUUUCCUUGGAAGAAGAAUUGAAGAAGAAUUCGGAACUAAAGAUGUCGGAUAUCGAAAUGUUGAGAGAGUGGUGUGAUAAACAGCAACAUUUACCUAAACCUUCCAAUUUGCAUCUCAUUUUGUUUCUUCAUAGUAAUUAUUAUAGCAUGGAGGCAGCUAAGAAUACUAUAGAGAAUUUUUUUACUAUUAGAUCUCAUGUUCCUGAAUUUUUUGAUAACAGAGAUCCUUUGGGAUCCAAAGAAUUGCGGCAAGCUUUUAACGUUGUUUUCAGUUCUGAAUUGCCUGGACUCUCGAAGCAUGGUUACAAGAUACUCUUCGGAAGAUUAAUGGAUACUAAUCCUUCACAUUAUUCUUUCGAAGAUAGUAACAAGAAUAUCUUCAUGGGAUGCGAUUUGAUUGGUUUGAAAAAUGGCACUUGCGAUGGCUAUAUUUUUAUCGCAGAUACAUCUAACGUGACUCUCGGCCACGUAGGGCGGAUAAAUCCUAUGGGGAUGAAAAAGCUAGUAAUGUAUGUUCAGGAAGCCAUACCUGUUCGUAUAAAGGGCAUACAUUUUAUUAAUACUCCUUCAGUGAUGGAUGUCAUCCUGAAUAUGGCAAAACCAUUUAUGAAAAAGGAACUUUGGAACAUGAUACAUCUGCAUUCGUCGUUAAAAACACUGGAAGAAUACAUCUCUCUCGAUCUCUUACCGAAUGAAAUCGGUGGAAAAGCUGGAUCGCUAGCUGAAAUGCAGGAGGCGCGGAUAAAUGAAAUCGACAGUAAACGAGAAUGGUUCCUCGAAGAAAUGAAAUAUGGCAAGGUGGAUGAGUCGUUGCGUAUUGGAAAAAGUAACAUCGCCAAUGAUCUGUUUGGUGUUGAGGGCACAUUCAAGAAGCUCGACAUAGAUUAAGACAGUAUCGAUCUCAUAUUUUUUAUUUAAUGAACAAUCUCCUCUCUGUAUGCAACUUCGUGAACAAUUUUUGAUAUUUAAAUUCUGAGAAACCUAUUUGUUACGCGUGUCUUGUAAAAAGUAAUAAAGGUUUAUUACUGUA